ACUGUCAGGGAUAACUGUGUGUGAGUGAGUGUGUGUAUGUGUGCAUGUGUAGCAGGUGGGGGUCCUCCACCUGCUGAAUGAACCCUGUCAGUGUUGGGGAGUAUCAUGGGCUACGAGUGGGCUCGGCCCUGCUCAGCAUUGUGGCUGGCUGCAUCAUCAUUGGGGUGUCCAGGGAAUGUGACGCCGACGCUGUUGGAGGAAUCUUCCUGGGAGCAGGAGGCCUCGGUGAGUGCCUGCUCAUAUCAAUUUAUCCCUUCAUAAAAGCCUGGCUGAACAUCAACCACAUUCUCCCAUCCUUUGGAAACUUCAGAGUGCACCCUACAGCAGCUAAUCCUGCCCCUGAACAACCAGCUGAGACUCUAAGACGAGAGGGAACUCAGAGUCAAAUCCAACUGGAGCGUUCUAAGAGUCGUAUGGGAACCUUUGUGGAGGGAGGACCGAUUGCUGAGCCCAGCCCAGAUGAAGGGACUUCUUCAGACAUGCCAGAUGUCUUAUCAAGGCGCAAACUGAAACAGUCACCCUCUGAUCAAGACCUGCCGUGA